AAACUGCCAAUAUCCUAAAAUCCAAACAAACCGAAAAACUCAGAUGCAGAAUUAUUAUUUUGAUUUUCAUUUAAUUUUCGGAUGAAUAUUUUAUAAAAAUUCAAUUAAAAUGCAAGAAGACACCUCUUCUAGUGUAUAUCAUCUUAUAAAUGACUUAUGUGAAAAUUUAAUUAAAGAACAUACAAAAUCCAAUCGAAUAAACACAACAUCUGUGCGUAAACUGAAAUCGCGAUCAUUUGAAGUUUUAUUAAAGAAAUCAAAACAAUAUUGCAAUGCACCAAUUGAAAAUUUUGAUUCAUUUAGGGAACUUAAUAUAUGUUAUUUCUCGGCCAAAAUGUGUGCCAGAAAUAAUUCCAGUGAAAUGCAAAAGUUGGCCAAAUUCGAAGAGCAUUUGGAUUUCGUAGUUAAUAAUUCGUAUUUCAAGGAAGAAAAUGGUCAAAAUAUUCUUCAGUUUCUGUUGCUAUUGGAAAACAGGGAGGAGGAAGCUCCUACAGAAACAAAGGCAUACCUUUUGGUUCCGGGACCAUUUACUCUACAUGCGAACUACAAAGACAGUCACCACUAUCCUAAGCAAUUAGAAAACAAUCUUUGUUCGCCGCCCAGGUUCUUCAAGGGAGUGCAUUCGAUUAAAGAUUCGGAUAAUCCAUACUUACCACGACUUAUUUUCGAUGGAGAAUCAAAGCAAAAGCUCUUGGACAUCGAUAACAAAUUUGCAACUAAAGCAAUAACAGCUCCUGAGAAUUCAUUCACUGGAUUAGCGGCAAAAGUUUGGGGGGACUCCUUGCAAAUGAGUGUAGGAGCAUUUAGACUUUUUAGAAUACCAUCUAGUAAAGAACCAAAAAUUGCUAAAGCAGCUCUACCCUCAAAAAGCAUUAAGCAACCAGUUAAAGUAGCCGAAGAUAUUAAUAAAAUUCUUUCAUGGAAUUGGGAAAAUCUAGAUUGCAUUGGAAUACCAAUAAAUAAACCACAUAUUACCGAAGCCAAUUUAGCUUUAGAAUUGCAAGCUAUCCAUGACCAAUAUAUGGGCCAAGAAACUAUUGCCAAGAUUGUAUCAAAAGAUAGAUUCUUUCGGGAUCUUAAAUCUCUUACAGUUGGAAUACAAUCCGAUUCAUUUGUUCAUGAUGAACAUAUUCUCUUUAAAAUGAUUGAUAAUAUAACUGUGAUUGGUAUAUUACCUGAAACAAUUGAAAAUUAUGUUACUGAUUUUAUUGAAUGCGGUACUUGUUAUAAAAGGUUGCAAAUAAUGAUUAUGAAACGAAACUACAAGCUUAUGUUUGAAGGUUUUAUUUUUAAGGCAUUAUGCAGUGCAGUCGAUGAAUACUUGGUAACAUUUAGACAGUUUGUGUUUUCAGUUCAAAAUGAAUCACUCUUAGAAUUCUACAAGCGCAUGAAGAAAAUGAUGAAACAAAUUUCCAACUUAUCCUAUACUUUGGCAAUUCAUCCAUAUGUUGAUGUGAAUAUUAAACCACCUAUGGGAUCACAAUUUCUUGGCUAUCUGUACAGAGAAAUAAUGCGAGUCACCGAAAGAGAUUUUAUCAUGUUAUUAGUGUUCAUUCUACGCCGCUGUUGUCAUGUCUAUUUUAAAUAUCUUCAAAAAUGGCUCUUCUAUGGUGUACUCGAUGAUCCAUCUAAUGAGCUCUUCAUAUGUUUCGUAGAUCACUAUCGCCAGAAUACAAAAUAUUUCUAUGACAAAGCAUAUUUUGUACGUAAAGAUUCGGUGCCGGGAUUUUUUCAAGGUUAUGAAGACCAAGUUCUUCAGUGCGGAAAAUAUACAAUGCUUCUUAAAUCAUUCAAGCCAAACCACCCACUUUUCGAGCUAGACUAUCCAUCUAUGUCGGUGUGUCUUACUUUCGAGGAAGUGCAGAAAUUUGAGGCAUCUUGUAAAAAGUACACUCAACGUGCGAGGGAAAUUUGUGGAAAACCCAUAACGAUUCGAGAUGUCUUCGAGAAGCAAUGGGAAAACAAAAAGAACUUUCGGACAAUGGCAAGUGAAAGAAGUCGAGUGAACAUGGAACAAUGGAAUUUAGAACAGGACACUAUUGCUGCCGCAUGUGCUCUACAGAAAAAGAAGCGCCACGAGGAGUUAACUCUUCAACUCCAGGACGCUAAGAAUCGAAAGAUAUCGGAACGUCAAGCAAACAUAGAAGUGGAACUUAAACUUUUGAAAGAGGCCCAGAAUAUGGAAGAAAAUCGGUUGCUGUGCGACAAUAUAAAUCUCAAAAAAAGAAUUGAGUACUAUCAGGAGUUAAGCGACAUGUUGGGCGACCAAUUGGCUAGCAAGAAACCAACCCAUCUCAAUCUCGCAGCUGCCAACGAUCAAUGCUCAAGAAAAGCACCCGACACACCAGUAAGUACGGCUGGAACGGAUUUCGAAUCGUGUUUCGACGAUGAGGACGCCGGAUCCGUAUACGAAGAAUGUAUAACUUCAGAGUUUGUUGAAAAAUUUGCACAGAAUGAGAUAGAACUGAAUAAAGAAGUUCCGACCUCGCUUAAAAUGAGCACAUCAGAUUACUUAAAUUGCAAUGAAUUGCCAGAAAUUUUAAUAUCCGACGUAGAACGCAAUCGCACCAAAAUACUUGGAGGUUCAGAAAUGAGUGAUUGUAUGAGUGAAAAAGUUGUUCCAGAAGUGAUUAUCUCAAAACCUCUUACAGAUGCACAAAAAAAUCGAUUUAAGGUACUCCAUGAAGAAUUCGGAAUGAGUUGUGAAGGCAGAUCUGUCCCACAAACAUCCGAUAUAAACUUUAAUCCCAUAGAAUCUACACUUGUGGAAUUAACUGAUUUGCAGAAAAACCGCAAAAAAAUGAUGCAAAAUGACACAUUUGCUGAAUAUAACAAAGAUCCACUCGCAAGUCGAAAAAAUCUAAACUUGGACUUAAACACAGAGCGAUCAAGAAAUCGAAAGAAAGUUCUAGAAAGCGAAUUUAAUAUACUCACAGGCCUUGAAAACUGCAAUCAACUCACGCCUAUGUCAACAACUUCUGAUAACAUUCCACUAAUUGCCUCAAACGCAGUGGAAGAAGAUACAGAAAAUGCAAAUCUAACAAUAACAAAUGUAGACCUGGAAUCACCAAAGUCCGUAGAAGCAGUUGAAAAAGAACCACAAAGUAUUGCUGCUCAAACUGCACAAACGCCUGAAUGUGGAUUGAAUACAGCUGGAAUUCUUGCCCGUCAUGGGUUCAAUUUUGUCCGUAGCAGACAGGAUUCCAUGCAUGAUACCUCAUCUGAUAGAGAACUUACACUUUCUAGCUGCAAAGAACUCCCUACUGUUCGGGACGCCUAUCAACGGUGUGAAGAGUUAGUUAAGUCAAAUUUUAAAUGUGCCCCAGUGAGUCCUCAUUUUCGUUUGAAUUAUGGCAACACAAAUGCUCCCACAACCGAUCAAGUCAAAGAUCUUAUGCAGAAACAGAGGAAUCUCAAUAGUUUGAGUGUCAUAACAUUGACCGAAUUUUUACAAAAGUCCAUUGUGUUGCCAAUGAGUACGCAUUUGGAAAUUAUUAACAGCGAGGUGAUGAGGGUGUUCUUGGAGGAUCUUGAUGUGCUGGGACACUUUAAGAGUCUGAGGAACUAUUUUUUCUUAAUGGAUGGUGAAUUUGGUUCGAUUAUUUGUGAUGGAUUGAUUGGUCGCUUAGAGAGUGGGGCAAGUCCAACGAAAUUAUUGAACUAUCAGACAUUGCAUUCAAUAUUGGACACAGCAUUGGGAUCGAGUAUAAUAGGAAAUGAUAAAAAUGCUGAAAAUCUCUCUUUUAUUGUUUCCGAUGUACCUGAGAAGUUCGAUCUCAAUUCACCCGAAGUAUUGUCGAAUCUUACUCUAAGCUAUCGCAUUGACUGGCCCCUUAAUCUUAUUUUAAAUCCAGAAACUUUGGAUCAGUAUGCGAAUAUAUUUAAAUAUCUUAUAAAAGUAAGGAGGAUCAGUUGGGUUCUGGAGGAGUCAUAUCAAAUUCUUAAAGAAAUAGUCAAAAAAUGUGGCAAGAAAAUGCUCCAAUCACCGCAAUACAUUCAUGUGCAACAAAUUCGUCAUAAAUUCUAUCACUUUGUGCAUGCCUUGAAGAAUCACAUAACAUCAAAUGCUUUGCAAGCAUCUUGGAAAACGUUCAAAGAUGAUCUGAUGAAUGCCGCGAGUAUUGAAGACAUCUAUCGAAAGCACACAACCUAUGUUAAACGAAUCUUAUUCCUUUGCAUGUUAAAUCGACGAAGUGUCGAAUUCUAUAAUGCAAUUGAGAAGAUUUUUAAGAUCUCUCUACGAUUUUAUGGGAAUCUCAAGUCUCGUGACUGGAAGUUACGACCCGGUGAAGAACAUUACACACAUUCCCGAUAUGAAAAACUUGUUGCUGAUGAAGCAGCAUUUGAAAAUUUUAUCAAAUAUACGAUAUAUUUGGGUAAGAAAAUUGUUCGACAUGGAUAUCAGGAGGAAAUUGGUGAAUUUAUUCAUUUAAUAAAUUACAAUCAAUAUUAUAUUGUUGAUGGUGAUGAGUAGAAAAGGGGAAGAGGACGUUUGCUUUUGCCUUUUUAUGGUGCUUUUAAUGAACAAUUUUUUUUUAGAAACUUAACUAUAAUCCACUAUUUGCCUUUUAACGAAUUUAACUUCAAUCCUAGCAAGAAAAAUUUUAAUUGCGUUUGUUUUGUUAAUGUUUUUAGUUUUAUAAAUUAUUUAAAUGCACAUUUAAAAAGUAUUAUUAAUUAAUGGCGCACCGUGUGCGAGAAUGAUUUUUACAUAUAAUCACAAACAAAAUAUAUUAAUUUAUGUUAAUUAAUUCGUUAAAUAAAAUUUGAAUUGCAAUGCUAAAUUAAAAAGAA